CAAGUCAAACUAAACUUAAACAUUUUUCACUUUUUCACAAUCAGGAACAUACCAUACCAAUACCAAUACCAUAAACCAACAAGAUCACCCCAGCUGUUGAAUUUGGUUGUGUAGACUGUACCCAUUACUAACCAACUACCUCGGCCUUGAUUAGAUCUCUGAAAGUCUGACCCCAAAAACCCAUAAAUUCAUAAUCAUAUUCAUAUCAACAGAGGCAGCACCUGAAACUGAAAAAAUGGCAAGAGCAGGAGGGAUAACAAAUGCAGUGAACGUUGGUAUAGCUGUGCAAGCUGAUUGGGAAAACCGUGAAUUCAUCUCUCACAUUUCUCUCAAUGUUCGCCGCCUCUUCGAUUUCCUAGUCCAAUUCGAGGCUACAACGAAGAGCAAAUUGGCGUCACUGAAUGAGAAGCUCGAUACGCUGGAGCGUCGUCUAGAACUCCUUGAAGUCCAAGUGGGAACAGCAUCAGCCAACCCGUCUCUUUUUGCUACAUGAUAAUGUUAUUGUUGUCCUUCUUGUUGUGAUACGGCUUCUCUGUAAGCACACUCUUCUCUUGUCUGUAUUGUGAAUGUGAACAGAUUUCUUGGCUUGUAAUAUUGUAUGAAACUCUAAUGUAUUAGUAUGUUCUGUUGCUUA